UGAAUGUUUAGAAGAUGUCAAUCUAGAAGCAAUCAGUUACAACACAAGGUGAGAUUUAUGUUGUCUUUUGGAUGGAUAUUAAAUUGAUAAAGUUCAAUUUUUAGUAAGAUUUCUUUGAUACUUUACAAUACACGUUUUAUACAGCAAUGUCAAAAGAAACCGAAGAACCUCCAUUACUGGUAGACGAAUCAAACGUCGCUGUACAAGAAACUAAUGAUUCAGCAUGUUUCAACGAAGAACCCGGUAUAAUUGAUAAUGAAGUCGUUGCUUCAGCUUCAAAGGAUCAAUGUUCACCAUCGAUUUCUGGUCAAGGAGAAUUAGUUUCUUCACCAGUUCCUGUCACUAUUUUGACCGGAUUCCUAGGUGCCGGAAAAACAUCGUUGCUGAAAUGCAUUCUUGAAAAUGCACAAGGACGGCGAGUCGCCGUCUUGAUGAACGAAGUCGGGGAUUCCGGUGACUUGGAACGAAAUAUAAUGGAACAAGCUGGCGGAGAAGAACUUUAUGAAGAAUGGGUUAGUUUAUCUAACGGGUGUAUGUGUUGUACAGUCAAAGACAAUGGCAUCAAAGCGAUCGAACAACUGAUGGAGCAAAAAGGCCGGUUUGAUAGCAUAGUGAUUGAAACUACAGGGGUUGCCAAUCCAGGUCCCUUAGCCCAAACGUUCUGGCUUGACGAAGCAUUAGGUAGUGAUGUGCAAUUAGACGGCGUUGUAACGGUUAUUGAUUGUCAGAACCUUGAUGAUAUCCUAAAUGAUAGCACCGAAAUAGGUAGCAUCCAAAUUAGCCAUGCAGAUUGCCUUGUGUUAAACAAAACGGAUAAGGUAGACGCCGGAGAACUUGAACGAAACUAUCAUGUUGUUCGCUCCAUCAAUCCCCUCGCAAAGAUCUGUGAAACAAGCUAUGGCCGGAUUCCUGACAUUCGAGAAAUUUUGGACCUCAAUGCAUAUAGGGAAGGUGAAGAUUUUGAGAAAUUUUUAAAUCCUUCAGUUACCCACUCCUCAAAUCAUACCUCUAGUCAUCAUUGUAAUACUGAUGACUGUGACAAAACAUGCACGAAAGAGACGCCUGCGAGUAGUAUAAGAAGUCGGACAUUUGAGCUACCUAAGAGGAUGUCUCCUGAAGUUUAUGAGCGAUGGCUAGGAUGGAUACGGGAUAUUUUAUGGCUCUGCUUAGAAACCGGCGAAGGGGAAGAAUAUAUGAUAUACAGAAGCAAAGCCUUACUGCAAAAAGAGGAUGGUUCCUGGUAUGUGAUGCAGGGUGUCCGUGAAGUUUUUGAAGUACUUCCUCUUCCAAAAUCGACAAAAUCAAACUCAGAUGCAGAUCUGCGUCCUAUUACUGUUUUUAUUGGAAAGAAUAUUGACCACAUUUCCCCAUUUAUGGCAUAGGAAAUCUCUUGAAGCAUUCUAUAAGCAACGGCAGAGCAUUUUAUUCACCAUUCCUUUGACAGAUUUCUGUAAUAAAAUAAUAUGAAGGUAGUUAUUUGAAUGAAUACUUUUAGACUUGUUUUUAUCGUUAAGCUAUGCUUGCUUAAACAAUGUCUUGUAGCAAAUCUUCCUUUUGACCUGAA